AUGUCGCUGCAGCAGGAGCAGCAGAUCAGUGAAGAUGAUGAUGAUGAUGUGCAGCUGACCAGGCAGGAGAUUGUCUUCUCUCAGAUGAGAGCCAGAGGCAGCAAGUGGCCCAAAGCUAUUGGGGUGGUUGAGAUUAUCAUAGGCUUUAUUCUUUCAAUCUUAGGCGCUUUAGAAAUAUUUAUUAUUCCAAUGUCGGAGAGCAAGGAUGGGAGUAACCAAGUUGUGAUGGACAAAACAAAUUCUUAUGGUGCUGGCUUCUUUGCAGGACUAGUGAUGGUCAUUACCGGAAGCACAGCCUUAAGAGCAACAAUGAGUCAGAGAGAUACAACAGUGGUGAGGUUUUUUAACCUGACAAUCUUAUCGCUGCUGCUGUAUGCGGUUCUGACUGUCUUAUUGAUUGCAUCAUAUUCUGAAGGAUGGACGUCACCGGAUAAAUAUAAACCGGGAAGCAGGAUGAAAGAAGUCCACAUUUUUGUGACAAUAUUCACAGUGCUGGGCCUCAUGUUUGCAGUAACGAGUUUCGUCCAGUACGUUGAAGUGAUCUGCUGCGGGGAGGUGCCUCUCUGGUCCAUGUGGGUCUCCUGCUUCUGUCCUUGCGUCUUCAGCAAGAAACGCAGACGACUGUCAUUUGAUUCCUCCCUCCGAGAAGAGUUCCACUCCUUCAGUGACCUGAUCUAG